AUGCUUUUCAAACUUCGAGUGUCGAUUGCGACUGCUAUUUUUGUGACCAGCCUAUAUUCUAAGGAAACCUUGGCUUACGAUGCGGCCGACGAUGCAAUCGAUGCCUCCAAAUGGGCUGCUGCGAGCACCAAGGUGAACCAUCUAAUAGCAAAAUUGAAUUUGACUGAGAAGGCAUCUAUGGUGACCGGUACUGCCGAUGGACAAUGCAUAGGAAAUCUUGCGUCGGUUGAACGUAUCGGAUUUGGUGGACUUUGCUUGUCGGAUGGCCCCCAGGGCUUACACCUUGCUGACCUUGCAAGCGUCUUUCCAUCAGGAUUGACUGCAGCAGCAACAUGGGAUCGUGAUUUGAUCGCGCGGCGAGGUGCCGCGAUGGGCGCCGAAUUCCGCGGAAAGGGUGCCAAUGUGAUGUUAGGCCCUUCGACUGGUCCACUUGGCCGUAGUCCAUGGGGUGGUCGCAACUGGGAGGGGUUUUCUCCGGAUCCUUACCUGUCAGGAGUUGCCAUGCAAGAGACGAUCCGAAGUGUUCAAGCGCUUGGUGUGCAAGCCUGUGCCAAACACUUCAUUGGCAAUGAACAAGAAACCCAUCGGACCAACGAGGAAAUUGACGGCUUUGACGUUGCUGCCGUUUCAGCCAAUAUUGAUGACCGCACACUACACGAAGUCUAUCUUUGGCCCUUUGCGGAUGCUGUCAAAGCUGGUGUUGCGUCACUCAUGUGCAGCUAUAAUAGAGUUAAUAUGACAUAUUCCUGCGAAAAUGAUCUGCUUCUCAACAAGAUUUUGAGGGACGAGCUAGGUUUCGAGGGCUAUGUGAUGUCAGAUUGGUUUGCAACGCAUUCGGGAGCUCGCGCCAUAAAUGCCGGUCUCGACUUGAGCAUGCCAGGCUACCUCAGCGAAACAGAUUUCACUCAUUCUUAUUUCGGGUCUCAUGUGGUCUCUGGUGUUAAGAAUGGGUCUAUCUCUGAGCACCGACUGAACGAGAUGAUACAGCGGAUCCUUACGCCAUACUUCUAUUUCAAUCAAGACACCGACUACCCCACGAUCGACCCCUCUUCAUACGCCGUAACUGCAGCCACUUACGGUUUGCUUUCUGCUGAAGAUUUGGCUCCGGCAGGUCGUGAUGUUCGUGGCAAUCAUUCCACAUUGAUCCGAGAAAUUGGGUCGGCUGGUACAGUCCUCCUCAAAAAUUUGAACAACAUUCUUCCCCUGGAAUCACCCAUGGUCAUCGGAGUUUUCGGCAACGAUGCCCCAGACGUUACUGCCGGCCUACUCUAUCCCAGCAACAACAAUGGCUUCGAAAUCGGCACUCUCACAGUUGGCGGUGGUUCCGGUAGUGGGCGCAACUCUUACAUUGUCUCCCCACUCGAAGCUAUCAAGGCACGUGCGAAACAUGAUGGAUCACGCGUGAUCUAUCUCACAGACAAUGAUAUAGUUGCUGAAGGAGAUUUCAAGGGUAUAUACCCUUGGCCUGAUAUUUGUCUUGUCUUUCUCAAAACGUGGGUCAGUGAGGGAAUCGAUCGGAUCACCCUCGAAGCCGACUGGAAUUCCACUGAGGUGGUCAAUCAAGUUGCAUCGAUUUGUCCUGGAAAGACUGUUGUGAUUACUCAUACUGGUGGUGUCAACUCAAUGCCAUGGGCAGAUAAUGAAAAUGUGACUGCUAUUCUCGCCGCGCAUUACCCUGGUCAGGAAUCUGGUAAUUCGAUCGUGGAUAUUUUGUGGGGUGACGUUAACCCGUCUGGAAAGCUUCCCUACACCAUUGCCAAGAACACCUCUGAUUACAACACACCUAUUCUCAAUCUCACUGGUGCAAGCGCAGCUAUUUCCGACGCGUGGCAGGUCAAUUUCACAGAGGGUUUGAUGAUCGAUUACCGCCAUUUUGAUGCCCAGGAGAUCACACCGUUGUACGAAUUUGGCUAUGGUCUGAGUUACACUUCUUUCAACCUCUCAACGGAGCUUUCCGUCCAGUACCAUGGCAUUGUCAAUGGAGACGUGUCUGCGCUCUCUCUUGAUUCCAACAAAAAGACACCAGUUGGCGGCAAUUCUGAUCUUUGGUGUAAGAUGAUUGAAGUUGAUACAGCCGUGGUAAACACCGGUUUUGUGGCUGGAGCCACCAUUGUUCAGCUUUAUCUUUCUUACCCAAUGAAAUCCAUGCCAUCCGGAACUCCUUUCAAGGUACUUCGCGGUUUCGAAAAGGUGACGCUAUCCCCAGGAGCUCAUCAGAUGAUUCGCUUCUCUCUUCGACGCCGGGAUCUCAGUUUCUGGGAUACUGAAGCUCAGCAGUGGAGAAUUCCUGAAGGUCUUUUCAACAUCAGCGUUGGCUUCAGCUCCCGCGAUCUGCCUAUCUCCGUCUCUGCACAGAUUCUUUAG